AUGUCCUCCAAUACUAAGACUUACAAAGACGCCUUCUCUCUUUUUGACAAGAAGGGAACCGGUCGCGUUCCACCAGAAGCUCUUGGUGAUCUUCUUCGUGCUGUUGGUCAAAACCCGACUCUUGCUGAAAUCUCCGAACUCGAACGUCAGUUGCCAGGUCAAUUAGAUUUCGACACUUAUGUGAAAAUCAUCAACCGUCCAGACGGGUUUAAGCCUUUGGGUGACCCAGAAGAUUAUAUCAGAGGGUUCCAAGUAUUCGACAAGAACCUCACAGGGUUCAUUGGUGUUGGUGAAUUGAGAUACAUCUUGACUUCCAUUGGGGAAAAAUUGAGCGAUUCCGAAGUCGAUGAAUUGUUGAAGGGGGUCAAUGUCACCAAGGAUGGUAAUGUUGAUUAUGUUGAAUUCGUCAAGUCUAUUUUGGCUCAAUAG